GGUAAGUAUGCUUCUUCUUCUUCGAGUAUACAAAAUAAACCUCCCCCGGUGCUACCUGCCGCCCUUCGCUUAUGGGUCUAUCUGAACAUUCCUAUCAAGCACCCGGAGGGCAGGAACUCAGAGGCUCCAGGCAAACAACGCAACGCAAAGGACGAUCUCUCCUGAUGGACUUCAGGCCACACGGACAUGAAAUCAUGAACCGGAUCGACACAGCUCGCCUGCGAGUGAUGUCCUUCGAUAAGAAGAUCUGACGGACGUUCUCGAGACUUGGAAAAGACUGGAGACCACGCGAGAAAUCAGCCUGAAGCAAACCUCUUCUUCUCAUUAUUGCUCACUAUCGGAACUGUAUCAUCCCCUCAGCAGUUUCUGCCUUUGGAUCUGCCUUUGCAUUUACAGUGUAUAUCAGAAGACAGCAUGGUAAAACGAUAAUCGCUCAAUGUCGGCCAUUGUUAUGGCACCGGUCACGGCCACUGUAGCCAAAUCAAAGCCAGUCAAAACAUCUUUGAGAUUGUGAACACUAUUUUUAUCCGGGAAUGAAUUUCAAAAAGACGAAACAGGUUUCAGCGAGGCUCGAACUCGCGGCCUUCUGCGUGUAAAGCAGAC